AUGGGCGAGGCAAUCGACAGUAAACAUGAAUAUAUUCUCCGCCAUCCGACCAGAGCCCUGGCGGCGCUCUCCGUGGCCUGGAAAAUCGCCCUGUUCGCGACUGUCGCUAAUUGCCCCGGCCUCGGCUACGACACCUCCACCACCCUGUUGAUCCCGCCUGCCACCGCUCUUUCGACACCGUCGUCUGCCGUCUGGAAUUGGAUUCGAUGGGAUGCCAUCUAUUUCGUUCGCGUGGCUGAGAGGGGCUACCUGUUUGAGCAGGAAUGGGCUUGGGGGUAUGGAUACACGCGCUUGCUGAGCCAUGUUAGCUCUGCUUUCGUGCAAUCCGGCCCCGUCUCUAUCUCGGCCAUCGCAAUCUGCGGUGUAGUCCUCUCCCAUGUGGCGCAUUUUCUGUCCGUGUUGGUCCUUCACGCCCUCACAAAAUCCUUGUUCGGAUACGACACCCAGUCCCAAAGGGCCUUCUGUCUGAUCUCCGCCGCCCUCCAUGUCAUCUCCCCCGCAGGCGCUUUCCUCUCUGCCCCGUACGGCGAAUCGAUAUUCUCCCUCCUGAAUCUGACCGGCUUCUAUCUCUACUCGUCGGCGCUCAUUUCUGAAAGUGCUGGGAGGCGAGGACGGCGUGAUACUCAUUUCUUGCUGGCGGGCAUUGCCUUUGCUGUGGCGACCACAGUUCGCGGCAAUGGCAUCUUGAGCGGCUGUUUGUUUGCGUACGACGCCAUCCAAGGAGCGCUCCAACUUCUCCGUCAGGGGAUUUCUGUAGAUUUGAUUCGCCGUACUGGCUUUGUCGUCCUGGGUGGAAUGACGGUUGCGUUGGGCUCGAUCAUACCCCAAUUUAUCGCCUUCACUGAGUACUGUGGAGGUUCGACCCGUCGGCCGUGGUGCGAACAACUUUUGCCCAGCAUCUAUGGCUGGGUCCAGGCCCAUUACUGGAACGUUGGGUUUUUGAAAUACUGGACCGUAUCCAAUUUGCCGCUCUUCAUUCUCGCCGCCCCGAUGCUCGUGAUCAUGCUCUACUCGUCGUUCGUAACACCGACGGGACGUAUCGGACCAUAUCCCCCAUCCCGCGUCAUCGAUCACGUGCAUGUCACCCAGUCUGCACUGGCUCGCCUCGCCAUUGCACAGGGCAUUCUGGCGUUCAUGGCACUGACGACCUUCCACGUCCAGAUCAUCAAUCGCAUCGCAUCUGGUUAUCCCCUGUGGUAUUGGUGUCUGUCCAGCUUGGCGCUGGAACACUCCAAGUCGUCGGGCAGUCGGACGUUCGCGGUGGCGGUUCAAGGAAUGGCCAUGUACGCGCUGAUCCAGGCGGUUCUCUUUGGUUCUUUUCUUCCUCCCGCAUAG